UUUUGCUGGAACCAUGCUUCAAGUCUUUUUUGCUAUAGCUGUUGCAUUACUAGGACUUAUGGCCUAUCUCAUUCCAAAUUGGCGAUAUCUUACCAUAGCAUCAGCUCUUCCUACAACAUUUGGCUUUUUCAUUGUUAAAACAAUUCCAGAAUCUCCUAGGUGGCUGGCUACCCAAGGCCGAUAUGAUGAAGCUGAAGCUAUCUUAUCAAAGAUCUCUGUUGAAAAUGGUUCUGGAAAUAAACAUGUGACACUCCGACGUGAGAAGGGAACUGCGAAAGGUGGCUCAACGGGAAGAAGUUAUGGAAUCAUUGACUUAUUUUUGAACAGAAGCACUUGUGUUAUAACCCUUAUAAUGAUCAUAAGCUGGUUUGUAAAUAGUCAUGUCUAUUACGGCCUGUCGUUGAAUGUAAAAAACCUAGGUGGUAAUAUGUACUUUAAUUUUGUCUUAGCUGGCUUGGUAGAAAUCCCUUCUUACCUGCUGACAGUCUUACUGCUCAACUGGUCAGGCCGCCGCAAAUCUCUUUUCUAUUUCAUGAUGGGUGCUGCAGGCUCAUGCUGGACAUGUAUGAAACUGCAGCAACAAGAAAAUUUAAAUGCUGGUGCACAGUCAGUAGCAGCCAUGUUUGGGAAGUUUUGCAUCUCGGCAUCAUUUGCUGUGUUGUAUGUUUAUGCCGCAGAACUCUUUCCAACUGUCAUCCGCAAUGUUGGCAUGGGCAUGGCAACUGUGGCAUCGCGUAUUGGUGGAAUCUUAUGUCCAUUUGUUGUUCUAAUGGGAGAACAAAGCAGAUCUUUACCAAUGUUCAUAUUUGCUUGUAUGUCAUUAGUGGCUGGGUUAGUUGGUCUAAGGCUUCCAGAAACAAAAGGGCAUCCAAUGCCCGAAACGAUGGAAGAUUUGGAGAGAUCAAAACAAGAGGAUGUUAAAGUCAUUAAAACAUAAUUCACAGCGAAA